ACCGGUUUGGUGACGUCAUACUGUCACCGCUACUGGCUCAGGGUAACCGGGCCGAACCGCGAGGAGCCCCCCACUGCCUGGAGGUCAUCCAGUCUAACCCUCUGCCCGAGCAGCUUUUCCCGGCCGGCCCCAGCGUCGCUCCCCGAAGUCGCGGUCCAGGCCGGCUCUCCCGUCUCCCCCUCGGCCGGACUCCUGCUGGGGCCGCCGGGCGGCUGGGCACCGGGACGGGCUGGCGAGGCGCGGGGGCGCGACUGAGCAUGCUCCGGGGGCGGCCGGCCCGGCGCUGGCCAAGCGGGCGAGAGCCACUGCGGAGCGCGGGCGUGGCCGGCAGGAGCCCCCGCGGAGCCCGCAGGACGGCGCCCCUCUCUGCGCCGGGGCCGCCCGGGGGGACUGAAGCCAGGCGGCGGCGGGGCAGCAUUCUCCCAAUCCCAGGUUUGGCUUCAUGAGGCCUCCAGCGGCUACACAAUCACAAGAUGGUGCUUGACUCUCCGGCCUAUCAUCCGCCAUUGCAUCCGGGGGUUUUCCACGCAGACCCACAAUCUGGGAGAGGUGGGAGAAAGAAAGAGAGCCCUCCAUGUGUCAGGGGGCAGUCGGACCCCUUCCUGUCCUCUCCUCCAUCUCCGGAGUCGGAUUCUUCAGGGCCUGGAAGGAGGACCAAGCAGCCAAAACUCGUCCGGGGCUUGGAAGGUGCCCCCGCCUUGCGCCCCUGCCUCGCCUUGCAGGGCCCUUGCAGCUGGAUGCACCGGAGCGACAGCAGCUGCCUGGUGAACGAGAAGAACUGGGCGCGGGGCCGGAUCCGCAGUGCUGCCUCCCUCCCUCACCUGCCCAGGGCCAGAGCCGAGGAGGGGGCAUGCCGGGCCAGGAAGAGAAGCCCCUGUUUACUGGUGGCCCUACGGCCAGCCAACUUGGAGGCAGAGCGAGAGCGAUUCUUCCGGUCUUCGUUUGCCUACAACCCUCAGUUUGAAUAUGGGGAGUCCGUCCCUGAAGCCGUGCUGGAAAAAUACCGAGAAGCCUCUGGGCAGUUCCUGGUGCAGGCUACUGGAAUAAUCAACGCUGUCCUUCAAAAAUAUGGUACUUAUGAGAGCUUUGAGGCCUCCAAUGGUGGAAAGCUACUUACCAAAUGCCAAAUCUGGUCCAUCACCAGGAAGUAUAUGCAGAAGGAAGGCUGCUCUGGAGAGGUGGUGGUUCAGCUCACAGAAGACCUCCUUUCCCAGGCGGUCAUGAUGGUGGAAAAUAGCCGCCCAACUUUAGCAAUCAACCUCUCUGGAGCGCGUCAGAACUGGCUGGAGGGCAUGCUGCGUCAUGAGAUAGGCACCCACUACAUCCGCGGAGUCAACAAUGCCUCCCAGCCAUGGCACAGCUCAGAAGGCCGCAAGCAAUACAGCCUAAAGCCUGCUAACCCCACAGAGGAAGGGUUGGCCAGCCUGCACAGUGUCCUCUUCCGCAAGCAGCCUUUUCUCUGGAGGGCUGCCCUCCUCUACUACACCGUCUGCCAGGCUGGGCGCAUGUCCUUCUGCGAACUCUUCCAGGACCUGGGGCGCUACGUGCAGGAUGCCGGGGUGCGGUGGGAGUACUGCGUGCGAGCCAAGCGAGGCCAGGCCAACACCUCAUUGCCAGGCUGCUUCAGCAAAGAUCAGGUGUACCUGGAAGGAAUCCUCCAGAUCCUUCGGCAUCGACAAAAGAUUGAUUUCCGGUUGCUGGCUGCACUGGGGAAGGUCUCUUAUGAAGAUGUGGACCACCUGAAGAAAUACGGGGUGCUGGAGAAGGCCCGAAUCCCCCACUUCAUGCAGGACCUUGAACGGUAUAUGCAGCAGCUCAACCACAUAGUUGCCACCAAUUGUCUCAGUGAUGAAGAGCUGGAGCUGCUGAUGCCGGAGUGAACUUGCUGCCUGCCCCUCUGCACUACUGCUGGACAGGCUGUGCUCUCAUUAAGAUGCCUGAAGCCCAAAAGGAGAAUUUUGUUGGACUUUGGCCUGCUGAAAACAAACCAAUGGCUCAUGUGUUCUAUUUAUUCUAUUUAUUGGGGGUGUCUGGUUUUGACUGUGAAGUGAAGCAAUCAGAGCAAGGUCCUACCUUUUGAGUGUCCUAAGAGAGAGCUCAGCUACCUCUCCUGGAACUUUGUUCUCGGCCAGAGAUGUUCUUAAGCAGAUUGACAAAGAUCAAUGUCUGGAUUAUGCCUUUCUUCUGUGAACAGGUUAGUCUAGAUGGUUUAGAACCUGCUAAAAUAUCCUUAGGCAAUAUUUUCGGGGUUCUCCAAUUGAGCCAACUGAGUGAUCUCCAGAUGGCCAGAAAAGAUUUUUUAAAAUGCUGCUUAAGGGCAGGUGCGGAAAUUCUUCAGCAUGAGUUUGGUAGUCCUUACUCUCUAAUAGUGUUUGAAAUUAUAUCUGUAAUUGAGUGAACUUUCAAUCUGGCCUGGUUGUGCUUGACAAAGGCCACAGGUGGAUAAAGGGAGCCUGGAAAGACACUGGUUAAUUUCUAAGAAAAUCACAGCAGAUCCCAAGAAUUUCAGAUUCCAAAUGGUUUUACAAGGGCAACAAAAAGCCUUCCUCCCUCACCUGUUCACCUCCACACUUGCACCUUAAUCCACAGCACACCUGUCCUACCGCCACCUGAUAGCAGAUGUUUGUCCUCGGUGGGCUGUGGACUCUAGAAAAUGUACGGAGGAACAUGCAGAACUGAAGUCUGCCCAGGACUGGUUUCCAGCCAGAUUUUUAGGCCAAAGGCCUUGGUGUCUGGGCCUGGACAGUAUCUCAAUAGCAAAAACUAACUUGCCUUCCAAACCACAACUAACCAACUCCUCCUGGCCUUUCUCCCAAAUGUAAGACACUGAAUAGCUGUCCUUAUUCUUCUGCUAGUUUAAGCUACAUCUUUUAAGAAAAGCCAAACAUAUUUGGGUCUAAGAAUAGAGGAGAUUGGGCUGCAGUCAGACUGAUAAGCCAUUCGGCAAGUGAUCACUCAUGGUGGGGAGACUGGUGGGAAAAUGGCAGGGGCUAUCCCUAGAAUUGGGCCAUUAUAAUAAAACCAAUGCAGCUCCUUAACAACUUCCCUAUCUUAAGCCAAACUCUUGGCUUUAACGGGAACAGUUCUGAGGUUCUCUGGUACAGAAAAGGAUUUUGAUGUCCGAGUCUGUCUUACUGGGCUUCUUAGGAGCAAGAUCUUCUUUCAUUUUGCUACUUGAGGGUGGGUGGUUUUUCUGCCUCUUCUAUUAAGGAUGGAGAAAAUGGUCUGCCCUUCCCUUCCCUAGCAGCCUUCAAUAGCCUGAUGACCCUAUGCCCAGCAAGGACUAUAAUGGGGCAGCUGGGACUGGUCAGGCCUGUUCUUGAGUGUAAUACAGUCUCUCCGUCCUCAGGUCAAAGGGAAGAACUGCCCAGGUGGCUUUUUGCUGUUUCAAACUUUGCUUAUUUGGGACCCUUUUCCUCAGCUUUUUCGGUCUGAUACCCCAUAGAUGAGUUGGGACUAAAAUGGCAAACUCCCAGGCUGUCACAGCUAAUGCCUCUUGCAGAAUGAACUGGAUGAAGGACUAGACUUGGCCUUUUUGUCCUGGGGUCACAUCAAAUGUAAAUAGAUAAAAGAGUCAGAUGGGACCAAAAAAACAUUUUUGACAGCAGCUUUCGGAAAGCAGCAUGACUUCAUUGCAUUUUGUUUAUUCCAUCUGAACAGGCUGAAUUGGCCAGGGAGCUGAAAAGGUUUACAACCAUAAGUCGAUAUAAAACUUCCUUGGCAGGCAAUGGCCAACGGAACCAACUGUAGCAUCCCUCCACUAUAACACUGUAGCAUAAUUAAGCAAUAUUAACACCAUAAACUAUCAUACAAUUAUCGAAAGAAGUUUAUUGGCAGAUGUGUUCUAUUUUCAAACACAGGAAAUGAACUUGUACCCAUGUAUUAAAUGAGAUUUAACUGAA